CCUCCCCUUCCUCCUCCUCUCCCUCUCACCUCCUCCAGCGCCAUCCACUGUUCCUCCAUCCCCAUCUCUCUCCCCCUCCAUCUUUCUCUCUCUGCAGGUUCUCCAGGAUGGAUUGACCACCUGAGCAUGGCAAUCAUGGGCUGCUGCUGCUGCUUGGGUGGGCACAUGAUUGGAUCAGUCCUCACCACCGGCCGCUAGGCUCACACUCGCCUGCCAAGAUUCCAGCACGCGCAUGCACACGCGCUACGGAUUUCGAUCGAUAGACUACUGCUGAACCAGCAGAUUCAGGGAAGCUAGUGAAGGAGAGCUAGCAGGGAUGGAUCACCACCAUCACCACCACCACCACCAUCAUCACAUGAUCCCUGGACAGGAGCCUUCGGCCGGGGACGGUGCACCCCAGGACAACUUCUUCCUCGGCCCCGCCGGCGUCGGCAUCUUCGGUGGCGUCGGCGGCGCGUCUGGGGCCGGCUCGUCCUCGUCUGGCGCCGCGGGGGGCGCCGGGACCUCGGCGGGUGGCAGUGGCGGAGGAGGCCCGUCGCCGUCAGGGUCGUCGCCGUCGCUGAGCCGGUACGAGUCGCAGAAGCGCCGGGACUGGAACACGUUCGGCCAGUACCUGAGGAACCACCGGCCGCCGCUGUCGCUGUCGCGGUGCAGCGGCGCGCACGUGCUGGAGUUCCUCAAGUACAUGGACCAGUUCGGCAAGACCAAGGUGCACACGGCGGUGUGCCCCUUCUACGGCCACCCGAACCCGCCGGCGCCGUGCCCGUGCCCGCUCCGCCAGGCCUGGGGCUCCCUCGACGCGCUCAUCGGCCGCCUCCGCGCCGCCUACGAGGAGAACGGCGGCACGCCCGAGAUGAACCCCUUCGGCGCGCGCGCCGUCCGCCUCUACCUUCGCGAGGUGCGCGAGACGCAGGCGCGGGCCAGGGGGAUCAGCUACGAGAAGAAGAAGCGCAAGAAGCCGUCGUCGUCUACGUCGGCCGCCGCGGGGCCGUCGUCCGAGGGGAGCCCGCCUCCCGGCCCGUCCGGCAGCGGCGGGGGCGACACGUCGGCGUCGCCACACUUCAUCAUGCCGUGACUCGGUGACUGUACCGUGAGUUUUCCCUAGCUAGGUGAUCCAUCUGAGCUAGCUAGCCGCCGCGCAACUUCUCUCCUUCUUGGGAUGCCUGCAGUGCUGGUUCAUCAACUACGCCAAGGCCGCCAUUGUUCUUUACUUGCCUCCCCAAUUGGCUUCUUGCAUUUUGCAAAGGAUUUCUCUCCUCCUUAAUUUCCAUUUGUUUCACUUCAAGUAAGGUCAUUCGUGACGAGUACUAAUUUGUGUCGUUGCUGUUAAUUCUCUCUAGAUUGAGAUCAAUUGGUAGCUGUUUGAUUUUGUUUC